AUGAAGGUCUACGACAACACAGGACCGCUUCAUGUUCCUGAAGUCCCGUAUGACAGCUCACAAGAAGUGCCCGAUUAUCCCUGGCCUCCAGCUCCAGAUGGCUUCGAAAACUAUGGGGAUGCUGUGAAAGCUGAUAAGCAGACUCGCUGCAUGAUACCCAGAAAGGCCAAAAAGAACUAG